ACAUCGGAAUCGCAAGGGACGAAACAGCAUGUCUCAACUCUCUCUCUAACCACUCUCUUCAGGGUUUACCAGACUACCGAUGACAAGCACCACUUCGAGACAUCUUGGAUUCUACCCCCGGUCAUACUCGCCAGUCUUCGCGGUCUGAUCUCACUGUACAUCUUCACUUCCAUUUUCAUCUUCUGGGGCUGGUAUGGCACCCACGAUAAUCUCUCUUCGAUUGGCCGGUCUUUCAGCUACUUCACCUGGCUGUCUUACUGGGGUAUUGGCUUCUACAUGCUAUUCGCUGCCAUCCAUACAGCGUGCUAUGCACGAACAGGCCGCUCGGCUCUCUUCGACCGCUGGCCGCGGGCCUUUCGCGUACUACACAGCUUACUGUAUGUGACAGUCACAACGUAUCCGUUUCUCGUUAAGGCUGUCUUCUGGGCUGUCAUCUUCACUCCACCGUGGCCCACAAAGACCUUCAACGGUUGGCAAAAUGUCUCCCAACACGGCCUUAACUCUGUCUACGUCUUACUUGAAAUCAUCCUCCCAGCCACAGCACCGCACCCAUUCAUUGCAAUCCCAUUCCUACUCUUCAUCCUCCUGCUCUACCACUGCAUCGCAUACAUCACUCACGAAACUGAGGGCUGGUACCGGUAUUCCUUCCUCGACGCUGGCAGUCACGGACAGAAGAGCAAGCUUGUGGUGGCAUACUGUUUUGGCAUCCUCGCUGCGGUUCUGGUCUUCUUCGUCAUUUCCUGCGCGCUUGUUCAAUUGCGCUGCCGCCUGACGCACGGGAGGAAUAUGCGGGCGAGACGGGAUCCGCUGCGCGCACACGAUGCUUUUAUUGGUUUCGUUGGGCGUGAUGAGCAAUCGAAUGAGAUGAAGACUGUGUCAGGUUUGGAGGCGGCGAUGGGUCGAUUUUCCUCUUCUGGGGGAAAUUGCUUGGUUAGAUAG